UGUGGGGAGGUCCCAGGGAGAAUUACAACUUGUUGCCAUUACCUCUUCAUACCGAAUUUGCAAAUUGUCAUUCAAGUACCGACUUUAGGGUAACAGCCUACCGGUAGGCUACAUCAUUUACUACUGUAUACCGCCACCCUCUGGAUGGGUAACUUUUUGGACAAUGCAAGAAAAGAGUUGAUUUCCUUUUUGGAAARAAGUCAGACAUAUUUCCACGGGAAAGCCUUUGGAGGGAUGCUGUUCAUAACAACAUGGAAACAAGAUAUGUCUUAGUCAUUGUGCUUCUAAGUAUCUUCUGUUGUUGGACUUACAGCCAAGAASUAAAUCCCAGCGGCAGAAAUGUAUGCAAAACUGGAUCUGACAGGCUCCAAUGCUGUAGUGGCUGGGCACAGCAAGGAGAUGAGUGCUUAAUACCAAUUUGUGAGGGUAACUUCACCUGCCAAGAGAAUGAAGUUUGUGUGCGACCCCACGAAUGCCGCUGUCGUCAUGGUUAUUUUGGAGCCACUUGUGAUAUGAAAUGUCCGUUCAAGUUCUGGGGGCCUGACUGCAAGGGUAAGUGUGAUUGCCAUCCCAACGGGAGGUGCGAUGAUGUCACUGGGGCCUGCACCUGUAACCCUAAUCGCUGGGGGCCAAACUGUGAGCGAGCCUGCGGCUGCCAGAAGGGCCAAUGCAUCCAGGARACAGGCGCUUGUACGUGCUACACAGGCUAUUGGGGCCCUCAGUGCUCUAACAACUGUUACUGCAGAGUAAACUCUAUGUGUGAUGCGGGAACUGGCCAGUGCCACUGCAAUCCUGGCUGGUAUGGGAGGAACUGCGGUGCCAAGUGUGCCUGCAACACCUCUCCGUGUGACCAGCUCACCGGCCGCUGCAAGUGUCGAGAGCGUCUGUGGGGUACUCACUGCGAGCACAAGUGCCAGUGUCUCUAUGGACGCUGUAACCCGGCGGAUGGAUCGUGCACCUGCAAGCCAGGAUUCAGAGGGAAGAUCUGCAGGGAGACGUGUCCAGCUGGAUUCUAUGGACAAAAUUGCAGAAACAGGUGUGGUCACUGCAAAGGCCAGCAGCCCUGCAUGGUGGCAGAGGGACAUUGCAUCGCAUGUGAAAGCGGUUGGAAUGGCACCAGGUGUGACCAGAUGUGUACUCCUGGGUUCUUUGGUGAAAACUGCAAGGACGUUUGCUCAUCCUGUAAAGACGGACACUUCUGCAACCGYAUCGAUGGCAAAUGCCCCCACUGCAACCCUGGAUGGAUGGGUGACCGAUGUGAGGUCAAGUGCCGAAAUGGAACCUAUGGAGAGAACUGUGUCAAUGACUGCAACAGCUGCUUCAAUGGGAUGUGUCACUUCGCCACAGGAAAUUGUCUCUGCGAUCCUGGCUUCUCUGGUGCCUACUGUAAUGUGAGCUGUUCAGCGGGUCAGUAUGGGCUUAACUGUACCCAGACCUGUUCCUGCCAUGACAACAACUGCAACAUAGUGACUGGAGCAUGCAACCUACAGCCUAACCAAAGGAUGGGUGUGAUGGCAGCAGGGGUGCUGGUCACCUGUCUCCUGCUCCUCUCCUUGCUGUGUUGCUGCUCUGUCUGCAGACAGAACGAUCCUGAGAAAAGGUCCAAAAGAAGACUAUGUGGAGGGUUGACACGAAUCAGCUCUAAACUUCCUCGUAUCCCACUGAGACGGCAGAAGCUACCCAAAGUUGUUGUGUCCCACCAUGACCCUGAGAAUACUUUCAACUGUAGUUUCAUUGAGCCCCCCUCUGCAGUGGAGCAACCCACCGCCUCCGGGUCAUCCAGAGCGUCCUUCUCUUCCGUAGAGACCACAGAGGAUGGACAUGUCUAUGCUGUGCCUGACGAGAACAAAAAGAAAGGGGACAGAAUCAACACAACGGAGACUACAGUACUAGCUGAUGAUGUCUCUGAGGUAGACACAUUGCCGGAGGACAGGUAUAUGACUGAGCAGGCUUCAGUUAACACCAGUGAGCUGCCACUCCAGAAGUCAGAGAGUGAGGGCUCCUGCAGUGGCACAGAGUCAGCCACCAGCACCCUCUGCCUCAGGGCCUCUUUCCCUCAGCCACCACAGCAGUCCAGCAAGGAGCCAGAGAACAAUGGCAAGUCAAACAAUGUCAAAUAUAAUGGAAAGCCUAUAGCUGCUGAGAGGAUUAAACCACAGCCACCAGACCCCUCCACCAAGCCCAAGCUCUCCUGGAUCCAUGCAUCUCCUGGGCCAAAUCAGAAUCAGAUAAGUCAGGAAGAGACUGUGGCUGAGGAUAACAUUUGUUCCAGAAAGAAAGCCAGCAAGCAGCGAGCUCCCAACGCCCCAGAGUCUGCAGGUACAGAUGGGGCCAGCUCCCUAGGUGAGAAGAAGCCUAAUAAAAGCAGACCAGGUCUGUUGCAGAUAGAGCACAUCAAUGGGGCAGUGCAGAGUGUCCUGAGGAAAAUGGGCAAUUUCCGUGUUGACCGGAAAGCUGCAAUCCCCAAAGAGUCCCCAGAGAAGAGGCCCAGCUUAUCCCUAAACAGGGAGGUUAACCAACCGAACAUACACCCUGAGGUAGCCUCCCUCUUAACUGCUCAGCUGAAGGAGAAGACUAAGAGCCUGAACAGGAGCGAGGCCGGCAGCUGUGAGGAGAGCCUGUCUCACCUCCAGGCCCAGAGAAAGAAGCCCACCCCGCCCCAAAAGACCUCGGGCACCCAGCCUGGAGCUGGAAAGGAUUUGCUUCCCACAUCCGACAGCUCACAGAAGCCUCUGCCAGAUACUCCAUCUAAAGAAGCCAAAUACCAAGAGAAACAAGACUCUAACAACUCUGAAAGCAGCUCAGAUAAGGGAGAGACCAAAAAUAAGACCCCAAUGAAAAAGCCUCCUCGGAAAAAGAGCAAGGAAGGUAAUGUAGACUCAAAAAUACAGACUACUGCUCCAAAGGUUGCAGUGAUGCCACCAAAGGCUGCAAAUUAGCACAGCCAGUCUGGAUGUUUCUCAAUUCUGGAAAAACAAUGACGCACAUGUUGUGAUGCUUGAAAGAAUUUAUUGGACACAUGUUUCAUUGUUUUUAGCACCAAAUCGAAUAACGAUGGAAUCUUUUCCCUUGGGUGGAUGUUUUUGAUCUUGAGAAAUGUUAUGAUACAAUGCAGUAUUCUUUAUAUGUUAACUUUUUAUAUUCCUUCACUUUAGUUAUUGUAAAAUCARUAUAUUAGUAAAAGUGCUAAGACAUCAGAAUAAUUAUUUACCUUUGUUAUUUUAUUCAUUUUCUAAUUUGUUCAUAUCGAAUAGACCAAACACCCCAAAAUCUGGAUUUUGCAUCUCCCAUAUCUAAUCAAUGUUUUAAGUUGGAAAGUCGAUCCCACUGCCCAGAACUUUGGAGCCACGACAGGACCUCAGACAAACAAGAGGUGUGGUGUAUUGAUGGUGGAACAGUCUGGGGUCUGUGUAGAGGGCCCUGUGGCUGUCUGACACAUGUGCUACAGUUGUGUGUGUGCAGUUUGUUGGGGGGGGGNUGAUAGACUUUGAGGCAGCUGUAAAGACUACAGAAGAUCAUAUGGUGUUUAAUUGAAUCCAAACUGUUGGCACCGGUCGUCCUGAAUCCAUGAUGUGACCUGCUUAGACAGGAACAUCUCUCCCUUUGCUAUCAGGAGGCACAGACAAAGCAAAGACACAUUUAGGAGCAGCAAGGUCCUGAAAAUAAGUUAUUAAACGUAAAUAAGUAACAUUGUAAGUAAGUAACAUAGUAUGAUUGGYAGAUCACUUGAAAUAAUACAGGAACAUGUCCUCACAGACCAGCUGCCUUGUUGUGAACGUUAGAUCAUAAUGAACRCAUUUAUAGAGGCUCCAAUGGUUUAGUGAACAAACAUGCUUUCAAGGCAUGACUGUGUGCAUUGCUGCAUGCAUAGGCGUCUAUACAUCAUUAUUUAAUUCUAGAAGUUUUACUGUGGAAAAGGGAUCGGGACUAGUGGUGGGAAGGGGACUAGAAUUAGGUUUUUGACUGCCUGUUUAAACAUCUCCCUGGAGCUUCGUCUGUAACUGAAUGCCAGGCCUUGAGAAGCAACUGCCAACUCAAUCCUGUCCCAGAAUCCUCUUGGGAGACAGUGGUUAGCAUAGAGACACCCUAUGAAAGCAUUAACAUCUUGUAGCCAUUACAUCGAUGGAAAAACAUUUACGACUUGAGGAAAAAAAGCGAAUAUUUUGCGCUAAGCAAAGCAGAAAACCUAGAGUGAUAACACCUAAACAUCAGUAUGACCUAAUUGGAAACSUUGGUCUCAGAAAAACACAAGUUGUUACCUAAAUAUGGUUUGAAUUUGUUGUCAAUAUAUUUUUGUUAUGCCAAGAUGGUACAGGAUCAUUCAUUGACAAUUKUAUUUUCUGAAAUUUUGUAUAAAAAAAUUACUUUGGAUAUAGGCCAUACAUGUGUUAGAUUCUAAGUUCUGGUACAAAUCCAGUCGGACACCAAAGGAAGCUGAGACUAGAUUUAUUCCAUCCAAACAAUGCUGCAGCUGCAUAGCACACAUUUUACACAAGCAUAUAUUUAUGCCUUCCGAUUAGGAGUCACCUCCUUGUCUGUCGAGGAUAAACAAUCAGUGUUGCUGGGCAAUAACUAAGUAUGUUCCUGCUAUUGGUGUUCCAGAACCUUCAUGCGCAGGGAUGUGUAUGUCUGUGUGUGAUAAGACUACAGUUGGAGUAUUGUUGGGAUGGGCCCCUCUAGCCCCCCCCCAGAGGUUUCUUCUCUCUUCAACUUUCUCCUCACCUCAAUGUUAAACUCCAUGUCUCUCACUGCUUUAGUUCCACAGAAUCUCACCUGACCUUACCCGGAACUGAGAGUCAGCUGUGGCUCUUUACCUACUUUCUUAGAAAUACGAAUAUACAACAAUAACAUAUGUGGACAUAGACACUUUCUGUACUUCCCUUUGUCCCAGCAAUAACACUCUCCGGCUCCAACAUCCUAACCAACAACAAAUUAUUACUACUAAUAAGCAGAUUAUGCAAUUACUAACGGACUCAUUAUGCAACUAAAAACCGGCUCAAGUCAAAUACAUGGCUCCAAAAGUACUGUAUAUAACACCACAUGCAAAUGGCAGGACUUUUCUAUGGGAAUGACUACAUGAUUGCGAGUGUCUUAGUCACUGUGGUAUGAACGGGAUGGUGGGAACCUUCUGUGUAGGCAACGCUACACCAUGAUCUUUUCAUUUUCUCUGUUCUCCGAAACAGGAAUGGAAAGUACAGACAACAUGAAAUAUCAUAAUUGGAAACCAGCACAAGCGACCCAGAAUGAACAGACAGGAUCAUAGCCAGGACCAGUGUUAUGAUGUGACUCAUUAAAGAGGGAAUUUCCUUUGUAUGUUGUGUAAGAACUUUUUAUCAGUCACAUGGUCAUAUUGGAGCMACUCAAAUAAGGGUGUCAAUCAAUGUGUGCCACAAUAAACUGGAAAAAGCUGCUAUCAUCGUCAACAAGUAGGCCAAAGCACACGCUAUCUCAUCUCUGCAAGCAAUACCAAAACUGGCUCCAUCUUUCCAUGCUAACAUACUUGUUCUGCUAACAUUCAAGUUCAUUGUCUGUAGGGACCACAUUCUAGUCUUCUUGAACUCAUCUGUUAUUCUCUGGACACAAUCACAACAUCCACAAUAAAACUGCUCAUGAUCUCUCUCUA